AUGUCAAGACUCAUCUGUACUCUCCUUGCAUGUCGUCUACGCAAAAACACGACGUACCCAAGCUGUUUCCAGCACACACUGAUUGUGGCAACAAGGUUUCUUCUUCAUCCAGGUCCCGCAACCAGCACGAGAUCAAGCAGCUCUCUGCUCUCCACCAAACACAUUGGCUCGUCAGGCCGCAUAUAUUCCAUCGAACAUGUCCUGCAGGAGGAAGCUUCACCCCCGCGUCAAGUCUAUCGUGCCUCGGCGGACGGUCAGAGCUAUAUACUGAAGUACAUCCAUCCCGUAAACUUCAAGGAUCUUCAAGAGCUUAACAACCGGCUCCGUGGCAAUGGAAGCCAUGUCCGCCUUGCCCUGGACACGAUCCCCGAGAAGUCGAUGUUCGUGUUCGAGCAUUUCACGGGCCAUUUAUUAAAUCUCGCACAGAAGGACUUGCCGCUUCUGGUGACCAAGAGGAUCCUCAAGGACGCGCUUACCGGCCUGGCUGAGCUCCAUGAUCGGGAUAUCGUUCACACAGAUAUCAAAGCCGACAAUGUCCUGAUAAAUUGGGAGGACCGCAAUAAUAAAAUCGCCGUUAGCAAAGUGCAACUCGGCGAUCUGGAAGACGCAGCGCACAUACCCCCGGGGUGCGACAUGGUCGGGAAACAAGCCGGCAACUGGAUGUGGCGGAGCCCCGAAGCGCACGCCAGAGGUCCUAUCAACAAACCUUCUGAUAUUUUCUCGUUUGCUAUUGUUUGUAUCAGCGCCGUCCACAAGCGCCUGAUCUUCGCCGUGCAAGAAGACGAGUUAGAAGAGGGCGUCGAUCGCCUCGCUGUCGUUCUUGAGCGGCAGACCUCCUACUUCGCAGACGAAGAGGGGCUGAACGGGUUCUUGAAGCACCUUGGUGAUCAGAACCCCUGGGUUCGGGUCUUCGAAGUGACCCGUGAUGGCUUCAACCAGGAGACCCCGCGUGAGCCAUUCGCGUUCUGGAAUGGCGUUGAUGAGGACUUCAAAGAUCUUAUCUGCGCCAUGACGCGGUUUGAUCCAGCGAAACGGAUUACAGCGCGGCAGGCACUAGGGCAUACAUGGUUCGAGGGCGUUUAG